GUUGUCAAUUAUCAACGUUUUUGAACGAUAACUAGUUUAUUUUGUUUUUGCACUGUUUGUUGGUUUUGUGUUCAGUUUUCUCCUUGAAUUUCUGUAUUUACUUGUUUUGAAAAUGAGCCGGAGGAAGCGUGCGAAGGUAGAAAACCGCGAAUUGGAUGAAAAAUUGAAACAAGAUGACUCUGAAUCAGAUCAGUCUGAGAGAAGUAAGGUCACUUCAUCAAGUCCUACGUCGGUCCAAGGUAGGAGAGAGUCGUCCUCGAGUCGUACAACUGAUGCAAAGGAAUCGAAGAAGGAAGAAAAACCCAUAAUCAUUGAAGAAGUUAAAAGUGAUGAUAUUGAAGAGAUUAAUUAUAAAGAAAUGCUGAAUAGUUUGGAAGGGGCAGCAUUUCAAUCUCGAUUACCAUUUGAUAAAAUGUCAUCCUUGGAGGCAGAGUGUUUUUCUGAUCUCCAAGGUGCUUCCAGUCAUACCUUCGUACAGAUUAGAAAUCGCAUACUGAAAAUGUGGUUUGAAAAUCCAAAAAAGCAGUUGACACAAGAGUAUGUUGUCCAAAAAAUGGAAGCUCCAUACAAUGGUGACCCAGCUUUAGUGAUGAGAACACAUGUGUUUUUAGAGCGACACAGUUUCAUAAACUAUGGAAUUUAUGAGCGUAUAACACCUAUACCUAGUCCGCCAAAAGGGAAGCAACGGCCAAAAGUUAUUAUUAUUGGAGCAGGCGUAUCAGGACUUGCAGCUGCCCGUCAGCUCCAGUCAUUUGGUUGUGAAGUGGUGAUACUUGAGGGACGAGAUCGGGUUGGUGGAAGAAUUGUCACAUACAGGAAGGGGCCGUAUGUGGCUGAUCUAGGUGCCAUGGUAGUAACAGGCUUGGGAGGAAAUCCAGUAACAACAUUAUCAGUGCAAAUGAAUAUGGAGCUACAUAAAAUUAAACAGAAAUGUCCAUUGUAUGAAGCAACUGGAAAUCAAGUACCUAAGCAUAAAGAUGAAAUGGUGGAGCGUGAGUUCAAUCGCCUGCUUGAUGCCACGUCAUACCUUUCACAUCAAGUAGACUUUAAUUACUACAAUGACACGCCCGUAUCACUCGGACAGGCGUUAGAGUGGGUUAUAAAACUGCAACAGAAAAAUGUUAAACAUAAACAGAUUCAACACUUAAAAGCUGUGAUAACUUUGCAAGAGAAACUGAAAAACAAUACAAACAAAAUGACCGACAUUCAAGAAUUAUUGAAAUCAAUGAAGGCCGAGAAGGAAGCUCUGCUAGUUGAGAAAGAAAAAGGUACCACGGGCGAAGCAGGCAUCCUGCAGGAGUUCAACCUGCGCCGGCUCAACAGAGAAAUGAACCAACUAUGCAACGAGUACGAGAGUUUGAUCACUCAGAACGCGAGCAUUGAGGACAAACUUACGCAGUUAGACUCCAAUCCGCCGAGUUCUGUGUAUUUAUCAGUUCGCGAUAGACAAAUACUGGAUUGGCAUUUUGCAAAUUUGGAGUUCGCGAAUGCAACACCAUUGGGAAACCUGUCGUUGAAACAUUGGGAUCAGGACGACGAUUUCGAGUUUACCGGAAAUCAUCUAACAGUUCGCAACGGAUACUCUUGCGUGCCGGUGGCGCUCUCUGAAGGCUUGGACAUAAGGCUCGGCACUGCGGUCUCCGAGAUUGCUUAUGGCCCAACCGGGGUUCAAGUGAAGGCAGUCAAUUCACGCACGCCGAAUACACCGCAACUUUUCAAAGGUGAUGUCGUCCUGUGUACGCUCCCCCUGGGAGUGCUUAAGGUGGCCGUCGCCAAUAAUGGACAGAAUCAGCAAAACUAUGUUAAGUUCGAUCCGCCGCUGCCAGAUUGGAAGGUGGCAGCAAUCAAGCGACUGGGCUACGGCAAUCUUAACAAAGUGGUGCUCUGCUUCGAACGCACCUUCUGGGAUCCGAGCGCCAAUCUGUUCGGACACGUCGGAACUACCACGGCUAGCAGAGGUGAACUCUUCCUAUUCUGGAAUCUGUAUAGUGCUCCGGUACUGUUGGCGCUGGUGGCGGGAGAAGCGGCCGCAGUGAUGGAAAACGUUACUGAUGACGUCAUCGUCGGAAGAUGCAUCGCCGUGCUGAAGAGUAUCUUCGGACACGCUGCCGUUCCACAGCCUAAAGAAUGCGUGGUCACCAGAUGGCGUGCUGAUCCUUACGCCCGCGGCUCGUACAGUUUCGUGGCGGUCGGCUCGUCGGGUACCGACUACGACCUGCUCGCUGCACCGGUGCCCGGCGCGGCUGGUGAGAAUAAACUGUUCUUUGCUGGCGAGCACACCAUGCGUAACUACCCGGCGACUGUGCACGGGGCGUUUUUGUCCGGGCUGCGGGAAGCCGGCAGACUGGCCGAUCUGCUGUUGCCUCAGCCGCCCAUCACUAAUGCCAGUGUUGCGGCCGCCACUGCCGCUGCUUAUCAUUAAGUUACGAUAUAAAUACAGUCGAAACUGUUUAUAGGUUUAUUUAUGUUUGGUGUUGGUUGAAAAUAUUAUGAAGAUAUACCUGCCCAGUUGAAUUGUUCUUAAAAAAACAUAAUUAGCAAAAGUUGUAGCUUCCGAAAUUUCAAUGCAAUUAUUGUUUAAUUUAAGCGAUUAUCAGACUUGAAUAAAGAAGAAAUAAUAAUCUCGCAUUACGCCAUGAGUUUUGGCUUUAUUUAAAAGCCGGCACUAAAAGGGCGGAUGGGUUAAAAUAUUCUGAGCCGUAACUCGGUUAGUUUUAUAACUAGGUUUAACGACGGUUAUCUCCCAUACACUAAACGAACAUAAUAACAUAAAAAUUUGCAUGGGUCUAUUGAAUAUUCAUAAUUAUACUUGUGUGAAUUUAAUAGUUCUUUUGAUGGUUCUCUCCACGGUAAAUAGUGGAUGUGGCCAAUUUGCUUUUGUUUUUAUAAAAUAAAUACAGUCUGACCAGGAAAAUAAGAAACCUGCUUGGGGGCGUCGCUUUUGCUCUUUCGUUUAUAAGUUAACGCUGUUAGUACAAGAAUUGAAACAAGAAAUUAGUUCCAUAUUUUACCACAACGUGGCGAGGUUUUUUUCAUGGCUAGGCUGUAAUCAAUCAGAAAUAUGUAUAAAUAAUUUCGACUGCACUUACUUACCUAUUUGGUGUGUGUGUGUUUCUUUUUUAUUGAUGGGUAAUACAGUACGGACAUAUUUUGUAACAAUUUAAUCUUUCUUUUAUAUUUUGGCUUUAAUGUGGUCAUAAUUUAUUCAUUUUAAAGGAAUACCUAAAUUAUAGCUAAUUUUAUUCCAUCAAUGCUCUAGGUUGAUAAGUGGAUUGAGAUGUAAUUCCUGUGACUUUCGUAAUUUUAAGUUAAACUCAAUUUUGCCGCUGUUGUAUGAAUUGUUGCUUUGGAAUAGAAAUUGCUCCUAUUCCACAUUUUAAAUGUCAUCGCCUGUCUUGGCAAUUUUUUCAUGUGUUGAAAUAAAAAAAUAUUUUUGGAGCAA